UUUUUGGCCUGCAAGUGUUAGCUUUUACCAUUCUAUGUUGUAACACAAUUUUGAAAUGUGGCUAUAUUUACUGAACCGAUUUGCUGUUUGGUAUUUACUGAACACACUGAUUGUUAUUUAGUGCUAGUUUUUUUUUAUUUUUAGUCAUGGCAGUGUGAAAUUUCUUUCUCAUGUACUACUCAUUUUCUUUUUCUUCCAUGUCAUAAAAUGUUUUCACCUCUAACAUUCACCUCUGUCAUAGGGAAAUGAACAAAACUAACAGGACCUACAUGACCCAUCCCGUGGGCAUGUCAGGGAUGGGCAUGGGCAUGGGCAUGAGCAUGGGUAUGGGCAUGGGAAUGUCCUCUUUUUUCAAGAUGGUAGUGUUUGAGCAGGAGCACUUCCAGGGCAAGUGCCAGGAGUUCACCUCCGAGUGCUGCAACAUCAACGACUGCGGUUUUGACAACAUCCGGUCCAUUCGCGUGGAGUGUGGCUCCUGGGUGGGCUAUGAGCACAUAGACAUGGAGGGCCAGCAGUUCAUCCUGGAGCGCGGCGAGUACCCCCACUGGGACGCCUACAGCGGCAACCUGUCCUACCAUGUGGAGAGGAUGAUGUCCUUCCGCCCCAUCUACUGUGCUGCCCACCAGAGCAGUCGCAUGAUGAUCUUUGAGAAGGAGAACUUCCUGGGCCGUAGUGUGGAGCUGUGCGAUGACUACCCCUCUCUGCAGGCCAUGGGCUGGUGUGGAACUGAAGUGGGAUCCAUGCAUGUGCAAUGUGGCGCCUUUGUGUGCUAUGAGUACCCAGGCUACAGGGGUCAGCAGUACAUUAUGGAGUGUGAGAGGCACAGUGGAGACUAUCAGCGCUGGAAGAACUGGGGCUCCCACUGCCAGACCCCCAAAGUCCAGUCCAUCCGCAGGAUCCAGCACUGAGAGCCAUGGGAUCAGGAAACCAGGAGUGGGAUUGAACAGGAGGGAAGGAAAGAAAUAAAGAAUAAAAAAAAUUUAAAUAAAUAAACACAAAGUAAAGAGAUGGGAUAGGGAGUCAAAACCCACCCCCCAAUAAUUACAAACCACUAUAACUGGAUCUUAUGGUGGCCAUAAUAGCAGGAGAGGCCUCAGAGUGAUGGUGUCAUCAGUGUCACACACUUCUCCAAUGCAAUCACGGCUCCGCACAGAUUUCAGCGCGUAACAGGUCUCCAACUAACAAGCAGAACCUCUGGUCCUCCUCUGUCUACCUCACUAAACACACUCAAACGGGUAUACAGACACACACAGGCAGCUCACUGAGGACACCCAGUGGAGAGACUACUACAGUUAAGCACCACAUGUCUGUACCUAAUGGGGCACAGUAAGAACAAGUCCACUGAAUCAAGUCGAGACCUGCCCCUGCCUGCAAGUAUGAGUGUGUGAGAGGCUGUGUGUGUGUGUGUCAUAGUGUGGCUGACCACCCCAUGUCUGUCAACAUAACACUGCAUGACGCAAGAAUCCGAUAUAGGACAGAUGGAUGUGUGUGUGUGCGUGUGUGUCUGUGUAUGAGGGUGGGAGUGGAGAGGAGAGAGACAGAGGGCCAAUGACUAAUAAACUAAUACACACCUCAGACUUGCAUCUGUGCUUUUAUUAGUGUGUUUAUAUGUGACUCUGUGUAUGUGUUUAUAUUAGAAUUCAUUUGGGGAAUUAAAUAUGAACUCUGCAUUUCACUGCAGUUAAACAAGAGGAGUGAGCACACUGAGG